AUGCCGCAAAGCUAUGAGUACGACGAAGGUAGUGAAACGUGGCCGUUUUUCGUUUUGACCAUGUUGUUUGUGGUAUUGGUGCCUCUGUCAAUUUCGCAGAUCUAUCGAUUGUUUUUAGAUCGAUCCAACGCAACUGAAUAUGGCGAUCCUGAGCAAGAGAAGGUGCAGAAGAUCCUUGAGGAAGUUAAUGAUGAAUUUGUUACUGAGGAUGUGAGAGUUUUCCGUCAGGCUUAUGAAAAGAGUGCGAGAUCGAACAUUUGGAGUAAGAGGAACAUAGUACUGAUCGUCGGGUGGGCUCUAGUCGCAUUUUUGAUUCAGAGAAUUCGAGAAAAUGAUGCCAUUGUAGCUUCUGCAACUGGUCUUUUCGAUCCCUACGCUUUGCUUGGAGUUUCACCAAGCGCUACUGACAGAGAUAUUAAAUCAGCAUAUAGAAAGUUAUCUGUCAAGUUCCACCCAGAUAAGCUUUCGAAGGACCUGGGCGGUGAAGAGAGGGCUAGAAUAGAAGAGAUGUAUGUCCAAAUUUCUAAGGCCUAUGAAGCUCUAACGGACGAGAUUACAAAGGCAAAUUAUUUGACUUAUGGUCAUCCUGAUGGACCGCAAACUGUGAGUCAUGGUAUUGCACUUCCAAGCUUUUUAGUGGAUCGUGUUGCUUCUCCUGUGGUUAUUCUUAUCUACGCGGUGAUGUUGAGUAUUGUGUUGCCAUACUUUGUCACCAAAUGGUGGUCUAGGACUAAUUCUUUUACCAAAAAGGGUAUUCAUGUGAAAACCGCCUCCCAUUUUGUUGAUAGAUUAGCAAAUUUUAAGCCAUCAGAGAUUGUCACAGUUGAUCUAAUUGUUAAUUGGUUAUCCAAUGCUGAGGAGUUUAAGAUUAUCUUCCCAAAUUUGACUGCCGCAGAUUUUGAGGAGUUGAUUCACGAUCACAUCGACCGCACUAAUAACUCCAGAUUAAAGGAUCCAAAGGUAAGAUUCAGAAUUGUCAGUAAAUGUCAUUCAUUGUUGCAUGGUCUACUUGAUCUGGCAUGCGGUGUCAGAAAUACCGAGAUCGCAAAUGCCACCUUAGAAACUUUCAAAUGUAUUGUUCAAGCUGUGCCUCAUACUCCCUAUCGUCAAAUUUUGCAACUGCCAAAUGUAAACAAGGAAAAAUUCUUGGAGGGGUCUGUUGAUGAGAUCUACACUUUGGGCAAACUGUUCACUUACGAAGAUAAGGAGAUCGGAAAAAUUUUGGGAAUUGAUGAUGAGCACAAGUUGAAAAAGACCUUAACGGUGGCUUCGCACAUUCCUCAUUUGAAAUUGAUUAAAGCAGAUUUCUUAGUUCCUGGUGAACCUCAAGUAACUCCAUCAUCAACUCCACACAUCUCAGUGAAGUUUUUGGUUCGUUCUGCCAAGCAAAAAAUUAUACCACCAGAGAAAUUCCCUGAAUCCAUGCUAGAGGAACCACAAGAUUUUGAAUUUCAAAAAGAUCCAUUCAGCAUCUUGGAAUCUCAACCACCGAUGCCUUACUCUUAUGCUCCAUUUUUUCCAACGAAAAGACGUAAUGCACUAUGCUGUCUUGUGGCUCUACAAAAAGACGGUAAAUUGAUACAAACGCCCGUCGUUAUCGACAAACUUUCUCUUCAAAACUUGAACAAAGAUUUUGACAAGAGACAAGUCAAGGAUUUAGAUGAGAAUUUCAAACCUGAAGAAUGGUCUAUUGGGACAAUAAAGAUUCCAUUGGGUCAGCCAGCUCCCGCUGAGACUGGUGACGCCUUUUUCAGAGUCAUCAUCAAAUCGACAGAUUAUUUCACCUCUGACUUGGAUUUCACGAUGACCAUGCAGGUUCGUGAGACACCUGCUCAGACGGAGGAAAAAAUCAUUGAAUAUGAUGAAGAAGAUGGAACUGAAGAUGAGUCAUCAGAUGAUUCAGACAACGAUGAUGAUGAAGAAGAAGAUGAAGAUAGUGAUUACACUGAUAUCGACACAGAUACCGAAGUGGAAGAGGACGCUGUCGAUGAGACGAAAUGA